AUGGGAGCUUCUAUUCUAAUGACAAAAGAUGAGAUUAAAUCAAUGUUUCAAAAGAUUAAUCCGACAACAACUCAACAAAAUAUCGGUUUAUGUAAUCCUCAAAUCGCUACACAUAUUAUUACAAAUAUUUCAAGCGGUGCUAAAAUACCCGAUUUUGUGGACUGGCGUACGGCUGGUAUAGUAACACCAGUCAGAGACCAGAUAGUAAACGGUUCGUGUUGGGCACACGCGGCUGUUGGUUCAUUUGAAAGUCAACUGGCCAUACAUACUGGUAAAACAGUACCGCUAUCGGUACAGCAAGUGGUUGACUGCACCACUGAAUAUGGGAUUAAUUUUCCGUAUAAGGCAUAUGAAUAUAUAACUAUUAUUGGGGGUUUAACUACAGAAGCUUUAUAUCAACCCCGUGUUAACUAUACAAGAGGACAAUGUGAUAGCGAUGGCAAAGCAAUAUAUGGUAAAUCUUAUUCAUAUGGUAUCGUCAAACCGGGCGAUGAACAGGCAUUGCAAGAGGCUAUCGCCACUAUCGGUCCAAUUUCUGUGUGCAUACAAUGUCCUAAAGGUUUCUGGUAUUACAAGGGAGGCAUAAUUGAUGAUCCGAAUUGUCACUCGGAGUUGACUAAAACAGAUCACUGUGUGUUGGUUGUUGGUUACGGGACAGACACAAAAAGCAAACAAGAUUAUUGGUUGGUUAAAAACUCAGUGGGUCAGCACUGGGGUGAAAACGGUUACAUACGUAUGGCUCGCAAUAAGCAUAAUCAGUGCGCUAUCGCUACGAUGGCCUCAUAUCCUGUGGUAACUCCCGUCUAA